GUCUUGACCGAGGAGCCAUUUUGUUGUGAGACAGACGAAGUGAAGGAGAGAGAUAGAUGUAUAUAUAUAGAGAGUGAGAGAGAAAGUAAUUAUUUGACUUGUGGUAUCGGGUCGAAGAAGCUGUUAGCUCUUGUGGGAAAUAACUUUCACCCAACAGCUGCGGCUGGCGUUUUCGCCCUCAAUCCCUUAAGGAAGUCGAUUUAAGGGCUUCCUUGAGCGCCGUGUGUGCCGAGGUGAGUUGAUGUUCAGCUCGGCUUCACGACAAAACGUCGCUCUUUGGCACAUGAACACCACAAAGACCAUAAAGACCGAGUUAAAGACGUGUGCAGUGAGAAGUAGACGGACUACUUCGAGGACCUGGAGACAGAUCAGUGAGGAGACGGUGAGAAGGAGAAAUCUCUGCAGAGUCCACUUUACAUCAACAACAAAGAGGUGACAUCGAGCACAAUCAGAAUGGGAGGCGGGGAGAGAUACAACAUUCCAGUGCCCCAUCCUGAUCACUCGGCCUCCAAAAAGCACCGCCAUGUUAGCAAGGCCAAGCCGAGGAGCAGGAACCAGCACACCAGCUCUUUUUCUGCAUCUCCUGGUUCUCCAACCUCUCCUGAGAAACUGGCUGAGAAGGAGAACAGCUCUGUUCGCCUCUCCUAUAGCAAUCAGUGCUGGGGAGGAGCCGUGACUCACUUGAACAACAUUCUGGUCACACAGGGCAACCAUGCCUAUGCUGGCGCCAAAUUCAGCGAGCCGCCUUCUCCUAGCGUACUCCCUAAACCUCCUAGUCACUGGGUUUCCCUUCCCAUGAUUCCCUGCGAUCGACGCGAGUUGAUGGCCUUUCAGUUAAAGAGCCUCCUCAAAGUACAAGCGUGAAGAAAAACGAUGUUAAUGAAUCGUCAGUGACUUCAUACCAGGCUUCGCCCCCCUGCAACGCUGCAGCGCUGUGAUUUUAAACGGGACCUUUACUGCAAACGGUUCCAUUUUAACUGUAUAUAGAUUUUUUUUUUAUAUUUUUUUUUUUGCACAGAUUGUCACUGCGGCCUUACAGGAGGGAGGAGUGUUUUAAUGAAGUCUAACACCUUGAUGAAUGAAACACUCGCCUGAAUUUCCUCCUCACCUAUCUUUUUUUUUUAUUUUUUUUUUUAUUUUUUUUUUUUUUUGUCUAUAUUUUUUUUCUUGUUGGCCGUUAACGCUAGUCAGUGUGUGGUGGGACACGUCCUCUCUUUAUACAACGUGCAUCAUAAAACAUUGUUUAUAUUUACUACAGGAAAGUUUUCUUGAGCAUUAAACAUCCAAACAGCCAAAGUGCUGAUGAGUGUUAUCACUCGCUCACCUUUACAUUUCCGACCUUUUUCUCACACGCAAGCCAUGUCUUCUUUUAUAGAUCAAAAAAUAUUGAUCUGGCUGCCUGUGGGUUGUAUUUUUCUUUUUUCUUAUUUUGUGGAAGAGGAAAUGUUUGAUGCAAAAGUGUUUGUUGUGACAUCCUCUCAAUGUGGCCCACACACACCCUGUGAUUUCAGCCCCUAUACUUUUAUAAUUAGCGCUGUGCGCACUGCACUAUGGGGGUUGAAAUUCGACAAGGUGUGUAAAUAAGCAUCUCCUUUGAUUUGAUUUAUUCUGUCAAUCCUAUGUGUUUAUCACUUACAUUGAGUCCCCUUGGUCACUACUACAGAUGUAGUCGUGCUGAUAGAUGACACGCAGUCGAGCUCCAUUCACGUCCACUUUAGUUUCAGACCAGUUUAACAGAGCGCAUCUUAGGGCUCUUAAAGUCAUUUUAAAUCACAGCAGCACCGGAGUCAGUCACGACAUAGAGCCGUGAUAUCAGCACGUUUGUGGAGUUUCCAGGAUUUACACCAGAAAGGAGGAUGUGAACGCAGUCAGUGACUUACAGCAGCUUUGUGGCAGACGAUGCAGAGGAAGGUGUAUGGAGAUGAUGUGCAGGAGUGUUGAGCAUCUCGCUGUCUAACUUCAUUCACCUGUUUGUCAUGCAGCAUGUCGUUAAAGUCGUGUUGUAGCAGAUAAUAGUUUACAGGGGCCAAAGUUUUAGACACAGCUGACUCGUUCUUUGACUUGCACUGUGUGUCCAUGUUGUGAGUUGGUUUUAUUUUUAUUUCCUUUUUGUUUAACAUGUUCAGGCGUGUGCCAUAUCAUUUAACUGCCCAGUCUUCUAAGUCUGAUAUUGUACUUAAAAUAAUAGUAAAUGGUCUAAGAUGAAAUGUAUUAGUGCAGUGUGGAUCAUCACAGGUUUAGAUGUCAGUUCAAAUCCAAUCACAAUCCCAUCACAUCCUUUCACAGCUUUAACUUUCCACAAUGAUGAUAAUUGCAAAGUAUCGUGAUUUAUAUCGUAUAGCUGAUUAUUGCCACAUGCCUGAACACAGUGUUCUGUUCUGCACACGGGCGCAUUAACGGCCAACAGGAAGGAGACUCUGGAUAGCGCCCCGGAGCCGUGUAAAUAAUGAGCUGUAUAAAACCUUGUAGCAUAUUGUACAUUGAACGCAGGGUUGUUUUAAACCUGCUGAUAAAGUAUUUUUAGUAACAACACUGAAUGUAAGUCAUGCAGAUGAUGUGGCUUGAUUUGAAAUGCUGAAAUUAUUUUUGUUAAAAAAAAGAGAGAAAAUAUUUGUACUGUAGCGUGUAGUCCCUCUGCACGGUGCCGUGUUUCUGCCAGUGAUCCUGCACAUGAUUUUAUUUUAUAGAAGGCACAGUGCAGAGGAGAAAAGUUUUAAGUGCAAGUUUAAAAAAAGAUUGUUUUUAAAGUUUCAGACUUUUACACACACACAUCAGCUCCAUUUUCAAAGCAGAACCCUGAUUUUAUGCUUUUUUUCCCCUCUUACAGUAGAUUUUAAGUAGCUUUGUGUAUCCAGGAGUGAGUUCUUUCCUCUGCAGACUCACAUUUGAAUACAAAUUAUUUUUUAGCAUUUUUGUUUCAAUGUUUAUUUGCUGUGUGUGUAAAAGUCUCUGGACAUUCCCUGAUAAUUGGCGUUGAAUUUGUCCCAAACCUUUUAAUGUCACUUUAAGAGAAUUUAAAAAAAAGAAACAAAACCCAUUUUAUUGUAAUUGGUAUGUUAACAAAUUGUUUUUUAAGCACUGCCUAAUUUGGUUUAAAAAAAAUAAAUAAAUCCCCCCUUUUUAACCCCCAAA